AUGGACACUGGCCAUCUGUCCCACCAAGUUACGACCAUCAUUAACCAGCUGCAUGGCUUCUUCGACGAAAUUGGUCUUCCCACACACGAGCGAGACGAGCGCGAGUCAGAGCUGUUUGCUGCCCUCUCCGAAACAUUAAACAACCAGCUCAAGCUAGUUGCAAAAGAAAAGCAUGAUUUGACAGAUGAGGCCCGCCGUUUGAUCAAAUCGAUCCGCCAGAUGGAGGCCGCCCUGGUCGACGACAAGCCCAACAGAGACAGCGACUACCAAGACGCGGAUCUAGCCAUCACACUGCCCCUGCGCGACUGCAUUACCGAGCUCAGAGAGAAGCAGAACACUGUCGCCAAGAUCCAUCGCGAGCGUUACGAACAGAUCAAGAAACUCGCCGAAGCGCUCGAAUCUUACGCCUCUCACCUCGAACCAUCUUUCCUCACCAUCAAGCUCCCUCCCACCUCGCCUAACUUCAAAAUUCCUGCCUCGUUCGAUGUCUCGCCCUCAUACGUCAAUUCUCUGGACAACGCUUUCACCCGCGUUUACGAGGAAUACAACAAGCGACUGGUCACAGUGCAGUCUCUGGCAGAGGAGAUCAUUAUGCUCUGGGGCGAAUUAGGCACUCCUCAAGCCCAGGUCGACAGCACUAUCGUUAAGCACGCUCGUAAUGCUCCCGAACAACUAGGCCUACACCAAGACGAUCUGGCUCGAUUGAAGAGCAAGAAGGAAAAGCUGCUGGUCGAGAAGCGCAACCGCGAAGUCAGAUUAGAAGAGCUAAAAGAGGCCAUUGUGGCAUUAUGGGACAAAUUAGGAGUUGAUGAGAGUGAACGCAAACCAUUUUUGGCCAGUAACAGAGGAUGCGGUCUGCGCGCCGUCAACGAGUUCGAGGAUGAGCUGGCUCGUCUGAACGAGCUGAAACGCCAGAAUUUGCACCUGUUUGUCGAAGAUGCUAGAUUCAAGCUGCAGGAGCUUUGGGACGGGCUCUACUUCUGCGAAGAAGAGAUGCUCGAAUUCACCCCAGCAUUCUCAGCAGAUGUCUACUCGGACGCCUUGCUUGAAGCUCACGAGGCUGAGAUUGCCCGACUCGAGGCUCUCAAGGAGCAACGUGCGCCUACUUUGGCUAUGGUCGACAAGUACCGCUCGCUCGUCAAGGAUCGUGACGACUUGGCUGCCUCGUCGCAAGACGCCUCUCGUCUAAUGCUCCGUGGUCAAAAGGGUGAAAAGCGUGAUCCUACACGGCUUUUGCGCGAGGAGAAGAUGCGCAAGCGUAUUGCAAAAGAGUUGCCCAAAGUGGAAAGCGAUCUGCGCCAGAUCCUCGAAGAGUGGGAAGAAGAGUACGGCCGUCCUUUCCUUGUUCACGGCGAACGCUACUUGGACGAACUGGAAGCCACAUCGCAGAAGCCUUCUUCCCAGGGCUCAGUCCGAUCCAAAACACCCUCCAUCCCUCCUCGAUCCAAGACGCCGUCUUCGGCUGUCCCGCCCUCGACUGUUCGUCCCAAAUCUGCAGCUGCAACCGCUCCCUCGACAGCCAUCAAGAGCCAGACUCUGCGCGGUCCGCCUCGAUCAAAGACACCUACCGCCUCGCGCAAUCCUUUGGCCUCGUCUGUCAUGGGUCCUUCCUUGUCGCAUUCAUCGUCUAACUCGUCGUUUGCAGCUUCGGUCGGUCCGGGUAGUAUCCGCAGUCCUUCCAAGAUUCCUGGCCGUCAGCCCCUGACCAACAUGCUUCAAGCUGCCAAUUCGACCGCACGUCGUCCUCCACCUGGUCCCUUGGGCCACUGCAGAACAGAGUCGGACAGCAGUGCUCUCAGCAGCACUGUCCGCAGCCACAUGGCUCCCCCUCCCCGACCCAUGCCCCUGUCACGCGACUUCUUCUCGCCGCCCGAGACUCCGUGCCCUAUCAACAAUGCCGACAUAUCCUUCGAGCGCAGUGGCAGCAUCAUACGCCACAUGAGUCCCGAAGACCGCUAUAGUGACCGAAGCUCUUUGCGCUCUGUUCGCACCUUGCACUCUACCGCUUCCUCACUGCCACGACCCUCGCCACGCUUCGAAUACCCUGCUGCACCUCCAGCGCCAGCCAUGGCCCGACAAGCGUCGAAUGCUUCGUCCGUUGAGACUUCCAAUUCGGCCGUCUCUGGUUCUGAAAACUGGGAGACUUACACCGAUGCUUCUGACGAUGACGAGCCAGACGCCCAAAUGGCGUAUUAUGGCAAGGUCAGGACAGUCAAUCGCGAUUCGCCCGAAGACAGCGCAUAUGGCGGUACUGCUAAGGGCUUCGGUGCGAAGGUCCGAGCAAUAGGUGCUUCAGAUGAUGCCAGCGAGGCUGCGUGGUCUGAUGUUGGUGAGACAUUCUGA